GUGAAUCUCAUGGGCCAUUAAUAAAGGUCAGAGGGUUGCUAUCUCAUUCAGGCAUGAUGGUGUGUCCAGGAAAGCCAGGAGCCUCUCUCCUCAUGCUGUCGAUGCUGUUUCACAUCAUAGAUUCUUAUCCCAACAACGAAAUGGCACGAGGUGGCUGCGAUGAAUGCCGACUCCAGGAGAAUAAGAUCUUCUCCAAGCCCAGCGCUCCAAUCUUCCAGUGCGUUGGGUGCUGUUUCUCCAGGGCGUACCCAACACCACUGCGGUCCAAGAAGACCAUGCUGGUGCCAAAGAACAUCACAUCUGAGGCAACGUGCUGCGUGGCCAGGGAGGUGACAAGGCUGGAUAACAUGAAACUGGAGAACCACACAGACUGCCACUGCAGCACCUGCUACUACCACAAAUUUUAAACCAUGCAGCCAUUCUGGAAAAAGUGCCUUUUUUGUUUUUUUGUAGUAAUCUGUCACAAUAUAUUUAGAAAAAUGUGCCUUAAAUGUUUUAAGGAUGACAAUCAUGAAGGUCAGUUUUUAUGUAGUUUUGCUCAGUGUUCAUGUGUAUCAGUAUAAUGUGAGGAUUGAGCAUGUACUUAUUUCAAUAUUUAUCAAUUUUUGUGCUGUCAACAAGUUGUAGCUGU